AUGCUACCCUCGCAGAAAUUCUAUCGAGCGGUUCGACACCUACGCAACUUAACAGAUCAACCAUCCGAAGAGCAUUCUUAUCGAAAGGACAUCCCAACCCAGUCAACAAAACACCUGUUGAAAGCCGAGGAUGAGAUGCAGCUUGCCGAUGAUAUUGCCUUCUUAGCCCAGCGGGAAGAAGGCGUCGAAAAUGUGACAGCUGUGACUCUUCAAGAGAAGGCACAUGGGCUAGUCAUCUGCCUCGCUAGCAACCACACGCCAUCGGAUAAAACAGUCGGUGAACUGAAUGAGAUAAUGGCUUUGGUGAGCGAGUACGCCUCUGAAGGAAAACGACGGGCUGAAUCUCGCGCCAAAAUCUUCGAUAUGGUUGUUGAUAUCCGUGAUGAUCGAAUUCUUGCUAGAAUUCGUCCACCUUGGUUGCCCCAGCCUAGCCGUUAUGUUAAGCGGAGGCCGUUCCUAAUAUCACAAGUUCAGGCAUUUGUUAGUGAGAUAUCCGCGAUCAGUAACCAGUUACCAGAUUUUGAAAUCUUGACGCAGAAGGCACAUCAGUUGAUAGCCUGCCUUUCGCCUUUCAAAGAACCUAUUCCCCAGAAUAUGAGAAAGGAGUACCAGAAAAAUGUCAUAUUAAGCUGUGCUGAAUUGGCUGGCGUUGGCGGGACGGGGUUACUGGAGGAACACCUUCAACGGUUGCAAGUUUCUCCCCAAAUCCGCGACCGAGGUGGAAUACGUCAAAUUGACAAGCUUGCACGAUACUUCUUUGUUUGUCGAGAUCUUAUCAGAGUUGGCAGGCGUCUAGGGUAUAGACCUCUAUUUUGCAACAUCACCAUUGAAACGUUGAAAGCUUUCCAAGGAAGGAAACCACAAGGCUCUUCCUCUAUAUGCUUUGUCCACGCAGAGAUGCAGCAGAUUAUCCAUUACACAAAACACCCUCAUAAUCCUAGUCCGCGGUUUAUUGGAUGCAGCAAGUCUGCAUGUUAUCUCUGCGAUAUGUUCAUACAAAAGCAUAGCGAGUACCGAAUCUCCCAUGCUCACAGACGGCUUUAUGAGAAAUGGACAUUACCUGAUCUGGAGUAUUCUUCCAAAGAGGCUCAGAGACUGCAAGCUGUAUUAAAGUCCAUGGCCGAGGAAAUGGCAAACAUGGCCAAAAUGUUCCAGUCAGGUCUUCGUGCCCCAAAACAGUAUGGAGCGGAGAGCCUGGCAUUUUUACCUUUAACUAGUGGAUCGACGGCGAGCAAUACAACUAUCACUCAACUGAUGUCUCAAGAUUCCCCCAUAUCGAGCGUCAAGUCGGACGAUGAUACCAAAAUUGCGAGCAACGAUUUCUCGAGGAAUUCGUGCGCAGGCCUGUCUAUUGAAAGUAGCACUACCUCUUAUCUCCGCCUAAACCAAGAUGAUCUGCCAUAUUCUCUUAACAUCAAAGACAUUAAAAACGAGUUUGUGGUUCAGAUCGGUGCAAUAUUUCUUGAUAUCGACUUUGCUUCCCCUGGCCGGCUCUCAAUCCGCCAUGCGGAUGGGCCACUGCCUAAAGAUGUUAUAGACAUUUCCCGCUUAUCUACAAUUAGUGAGACUAAGGUGGCCCACAAUACAUCUGUAUCAACUAUGCAACUAUGCUUGCGUCAUCCCAGUGGUUUUACAAUAAUCGUUGACUUUGUCCGGGAUGGGGCUUGA